AUGGAGCAGCUACUUCGAAGGGGUCAGGAAUACUGCUUUGAUUGCUGUUCACAGAGAUUAUUCAGGAUUUCCCGUUUUGGUUGCGUGUUCGAGUGCCGUUGCCCUGACGGAAUUCUUAACGUGCAAUCUGUUCUUCGUGAUUACGUUGCAGAGUUGAAUGAGGGGGAAAGGUUCAUCGAAUUUGUCCCCGUUAUAUCGGGUCGGAUUUCCACACAUAACUGCAAAAUAGCGCAAGUGGAAAUCGAUUUUACCAACAGAUGUGUUCGCUUAGGUUUCAUGAAUAUGACUACCUCAGCUUCCCUUCAAAUUAUGAAAGAGCUGCCACUUAGUUUGAGCGAGUCGACAAUGAUACAAGAGGGCUGCUUUCGAUACUCCAUUGACUCACUGGAUCUCCUUCUGCAUGAGCUUAGGAUGUUAUCGGGUGAGAGCGGAAACCGUCUCCACGUCAAUGAGCCUUCAAGAGUUUGCAGGGAAGCGAUAUCAACCGUUAAAGAAAACAAAGCUGUCCAUUUACCGGAUCUUCUGCCACCAAAACUUAUGGCUGCGUUACACCGGCAUCAGGUGGAUGGGAUUUGUAAAGCGUUGUCAUUCGGUGGCCGGGCCAUGUUUGCUGACGAAAUGGGUGUUGGUAAAACCCUUCAAGCCAUUGGAACCUUGGCCGCCUUGAACGCCUUUCCAGCACUUAUUGUCUGCCCUGCCGCGUUGCGGCACAUGUGGGCGGACGAGUUGGAGAAAUGGCUCAUGGAUGUUCUGAACAUGGACGAUAUUCGCGUUAUUACUUCCUCGAGUGACUUCCUUUCCCGCAGUGAUGAACCUAAGGUUGUUGUCACAAGUUUUCAUAUGGUUUCCUUGUUGGCCAACCACAUGAAGAGUCGUCAAUGGAGCUCCCUAGUCGUCGAUGAAAGCCAUAUUCUCCAUACUUCAGUUGACGCUUCCUGUGAUGCACACUACACCACCCUGUUGUGUGAACUCGGAAGGCGAACAAAGUAUUGUUUGCUUCUCACCGGGACUCCCUCGCUGUCGACCCCUUUUGACCUUUUCAACCAGGUUGAUACGGUCUGUCCCGGUUUGCUUGGCUCUUCAAGGUUCGAAUUUGCUUUGCGAUACUGUCGUAUUGAGUUCUCACCAUAUUUUAGGACAUUUGAGUGUACGCGAAGUACCGAAUUGCAUUCAUUGCUAAACGCAACCUGCAUGAUUCGUCGGCUUAAAUCGGAAACAUUAGUUGAUUUGCCAACGAAACAACGAGUUAUUUUGCGUAUUCCAACUGAUGCAAUCAGGGGUCAGAAGAACAAGUCCCUCUUCCAAAAGGUUUAUUCGGAUAAUUGGAUUGAAAGUCGUGAAAAAAUACUAGACAUUGUUGACCUUUUGCUUUGCAAGCAUGGAAAAAUUGUGCUUUUUGCACAUCAUCUUAAUCUUUUGGAUUGCCUGACGACUUACGUAAACGAUAAGAAGGUUACAUGGAUACGUAUCGAUGGAGGGACUCCCAUGAACUCGAGAGUGGAACUGCUCUCACGUUUUAAUGAUGGGGACGUCUCUGUAGCGCUUGUCGGGAUCACUGCUUGUGCGGUUGGAGUUCGGUUGACAGGUGCUUCCUGCGCGUUGUUUGCGGAACUUCCGCCCGACAUCGGUUGGAUGCAGCAAGCGGAAGAUCGGCUUCACCGCCCUGGGCAGAAAAAUCAUGUCAUUCUGUAUUACAUUAUAAGUACGGGAUCCUUCUUUGAUGGGGCCCAGUUUUCGCGUCUUUCUCGAUCUUUUCAAGCAGUGAGGCGCAUUACCGAUGGUGUGAAGCUGUCGUUAGAUGCAAGCUACCUAAGUGGCACUGCGCCUGUACAUAAUGCGUUACUAGAGGAAGAAGCCACUCCGUCUGCGGGACAUCCAGCCCCCUCCUUUUUGGACAUAUCAGGGUUAUCGGCACCCCUUCUCUUCCGUAUCAGCCACAACACAGGUCGAAUUCAUGUGGUUCAUGAAGGCAAGCAUCUAACGAGUUUGUCGACUCAGGAGGCACAGCAGUACUGGCGGCAUGAUGGUGAGUUUCCAAGGCAGCUGAGGGAUUACUUGAGCCAUGUCGAUAUGUUAUCUCCUGUUGAACGGCGGAGACUGCGGACGGCUGCCGCCUGGCUUCCAUCUAACUUUACGUGGCGUCCGGUGAGAGCACCUCGGAAAACAGUUGUCCGUUACGCCAAGAGCGACAUUCUCUUGGGCAGGGUGUUUUUCUGGAAGGUAGUGAAACGCAAUUUCCCCGAGCGCACUUACGGGGCAUUGCUAGUCCCUUUAGAAACUCAUUUUCUGCCGGUGUGUUUGGAGUGCGACAGUACGCUGGUAGCUUCGGAGUUCAUUUCACCAGGCAGCGUCGUGCGUAUAGACGAUGAUACCCGGAUGUUUUGUAGCGGUGCCUGCCGCGGGGUAUUCUUUAUCAAACGGUCCAGCUCUGCAGCCCGCAGGGGCGUUCAGGAGGUAGACAAAGGUAUCUGUUCGGUUUGUCAGGUGGAUUGUGAACUGCUUUAUUCUUUAGCAGUCGCUGCGACUAGUCGAAGUGAACGGGAAGAUAUACUUGACAGGUUGCACCCCCAACUUCGACAGCACCCUGUGCUUUUUAACCGAAUUGUUGAGCACCCUACUCCGGGGAGCAUCUGGAAUGCAGAUCACAUACUAGCCGUAUCCCAAGGAGGGGGAUCUUCUGAUUUAGACAACCUACAGACACUUUGCGUUGCUUGCCACGCGGACAAAACGGUAAGUGAGGCCAGGGUUGGUUACAAGGCUGUCGCAGAAAAGGUUCCGCGCACCACGGUAAACUUGGCCAGCCUACACUUCCUUUCCCGAGGCGUGCGCCGCGUGACAUCUGCGUGCCCCACCGUCUAG